AAGCCCUUUCCUCAGGUGCUUUUUCUGUGUAUGCAGAUGUGUGCUCCUCCAUCCUAUGCUGGGUCGCGGUGCUGCUUGAGAUGGGGAAGAACGGUGGUGGUCUGACUCAGAGAGUGUCUGGAACUUGGUAGAGGGGGCUUUUCUUUUAAGAGGCAGGCAGCAGCCUCGUUGGGCCUGGCAACACUUUGCAGUACCACGUCUGCAUAAGGCCAAGAAACCCUUUUGCCUCACUGCCCAGUUCCUACCUCCUGGCUCAGCAGGUGCCUUUGACUUUGGUGAUGGACUCAUGCCAGACUGCUCCUCACAUGUACCUGUGCUUUGAUUCUUCUCUGGUCUCUCUCUCAGGUGCAUCUCUGGACCCAAGACAUGUCCUGCUACAGCCAGUGCCUGCCAUGCCGGCCCUGCGGCCCGACCCCGCUGGCCAACAGCUGCAAUGAGCCCUGUGUCAGGCAGUGCCAGAACUCCACUGUCGUCAUCCAGCCCUCCCCCGUGGUGGUGACCCUGCCCGGCCCCAUCCUCAGCUCCUUCCCACAGAGCACCGUGGUGGGCUCGUCCACCUCCGCUGCUGUUGGCAGCAUCCUGAGCUGUGAUGGAGUGCCCAUCUCCUCCGGGGGCUUGGACCUCUCCUGCAUUACCAGCCGCUACUGUGGCAGAAGGUGCCCUCCCUGCUAAAGCCACGGGUGACAGCCUGGACAAGGAUUGCCCAGAACCCAAAAGCUCUUGCUAAACUGAGGACAGAGCUCCUGGCCAUUGACUUCAGAGAGGCUGAACAUCCAGUGCUCCCACCCAAAAGGAGGGCAGCUGGAGCCCUCUCAAACAUGGCCAAACUCUCAGUCUCCUGCCUUCCACUCCCUCCCAUCUCUUUCUUGUCUUCUGAGCUAAAACUCCCAGAGCCCACCAGGGGCAUCUGCUGACCCCUCUCCCUCUGUGGGACAGGCAGAUGGAUGCCCUGCGGAAUCUUCACCAUGGGCAAUGGGAACAGACUUUCAGCAGCCGCUGGUGCUCUCCCUGCACUGGCAGCAUCCUCUAGAAUUGAACCUGUUUCCCCUUCAGAGUCAUUAAAGUUUUCUGCAUCCCAGCCUCUGCCUCCACAU